CACCGCGGAGAACCAGGCAGUUCUAAAAGGAGUUCAUUGUUCAACUCAGUGCGCAAACAUACUCUUCAAACUACGCUAAAGCUACCUGGAGUUGGACGGUUAUGAUCAUCCCAGCGAAACAGUGUACACCCUGAGGCCUGAGGCACUAGAUGAUCAAAUGGAACAUGAAGCUUUGGGGCCUCCUUUCCCUCCAAAAACCUCUUCUCCAACGGCUUUACCUACCAUUUGAACCCUUUACUGUCCCAACCCAUUUUCUCUUCCCCGCUAAACCUAUCCAAACCUACGCUAAAUUUAGCGGAGACCCACAAACCACCGCUAUUUCAAGCUCAAUCCGAAAGGGCAGCUUCAUACCCACCUCUAUAUCCUACUCUAAGCUCCUCUCACAAUGCACUGCUUCCAAGUCUGUAAGUUCAGGCAUGGAAGUCCAUGCUCACAUGGUCAGAUUCGGAUUAUCUGAGGACCCGAAUGUUAGGAACCAUUUGAUUAAUCUGUACUCGAAGUGUCGGUGUUUUGGGUAUGCCCGGAAACUGGUUGAGGAAUGUACUGAACCGGAUUUGGUUUCUUGGUCUGCUUUGAUAUCUGGGUAUGCACAAAAUGGGCUUGGUAAAGAAGCCGUUUUGGCGUUUCAUGAGAUGCACUUGUUGGGUGUUAAGUGCAAUGAGUUUACGUUUCCGAGUGUUCUCAAGGCAUGCUCGAUAAUAAAGGAUUUGGAGCUAGGUAAGCAGGUUCAUGGGAUUGCGGUGGUAACGGGGUUUGAGUCUGAUGUGUUUGUUGCAAAUACUUUGGUUGUUAUGUAUGCAAAAUGUUGGGAGUUUGGGGAUUCGAGGAAGCUGUUUGAUUCGAUUCCAGAACGGAAUGUUGUUUCGUGGAAUGCUUUGUUUUCUUGUUAUGUACAAAGUGAUUUCUGUGGAGAAGCCCUGGAUUUGUUUCAGGAAAUGGUUUUGAAUGGAUUAAGACCCAAUGAGUUUAGUUUGUCAAGUAUUCUGAAUGCUUGCUCGGGUUUGGGGGAUGGUGGUCAAGGAAGGAAAAUUCAUGGGUAUUUGAUAAAGCUUGGAUAUGAUACUGAUCUAUUCUCAGCAAAUGCGCUUGUUGACAUGUAUGCCAAAGCAGGAGAUAUGGAAGAUGCAGUUGCUGUUUUUGACGAAAUUGCACAACCCGAUAUUGUUUCCUGGAAUGCUGUUAUUGCUGGCUGUGUUCUUCGUGAGUCCCAUGAAUGGGCUUUAAACUUGUUUCAGCGAAUGAAAAGGUCAGAAAUAUGUCCAAAUAUGUUUACUUUAUCAAGUGUUCUUAAAGCCUGUGCCGGAAUGGGGCUCAAAGAAUUGGGUAGACAGUUGCACUCUAGAUUGAUAAAGAUGGAUUUAGAAUCAGAUUUGUUUGUGGAUGUAGGACUGAUAGAUAUGUACUCAAAGUGUAAUAUGAUGGAUGAAGCAAGGAUGGUUUUUAAUUUGAUGCCAAAGGACUUGAUUGCAUGUAAUGCUGUUAUCUCAGGACAUUCACUGAAUGGGGAAGACAUGGAAGCCGUAUCCUUUUUUGCUGAGAUGUACAAGGAAGGACUAGGAUUCAACCAGACAACUUUAUUCACAGUCCUGAAAUCUGCAGCUAGUUUGCAGGCUAUCAAUGUUUCUAGACAAGUUCAUGGAAUUUCUGUGAAAUCAGGUUUUCAUUCUGACAUUUAUGUCAUAAACAGCAUUCUUGAUACAUAUGGAAAAUGUAGCUGUGUAGAUAACGCAGCAAGAAUUUUUGAAGAAUGCCCAAUUGGAGAUCUGGUUGCUUUCACAUCCAUGAUCACUGCUUAUGCUCAACAUGGUCAAGGAGAGGAAGCUCUAAAGCUCUAUUUGCAACUGCAACAUGGGGGUAUCAAACCAGAUCCAUUUGUUUGCAGUUCCCUUCUGAAUGCUUGUGCAAAUUUAUCAGCAUAUGAACAGGGAAAACAGAUACAUGUUCAUGUUCUGAAGUUCGGGUUCAUGUCUGAUGUCUUUGCCGGGAAUUCUCUAGUGAAUAUGUACGCAAAAUGUGGAAGCAUAGAUGAUGCAGGUUGUGCUUUCUCUGAGAUACCUGAGAGAGGAAUAGUAUCGUGGUCUGCAAUGAUUGGAGGACUUGCACAACAUGGGCAUGGGAAACAGGCCCUCCAAUUGUUUAACCAGAUGCUUAAAGAUGGUGCUUCCCCAAAUCAUAUAACUUUAGUUAGCGUCCUUUGUGCAUGCAAUCAUGCAGGCUUGGUAACUGAAGCCAGACGAUAUUUUGAUUCAAUGCAAGAUUUGUUCAGUGUUGAACCAUUGCAAGAGCAUUAUGCUUGUAUGAUUGAUCUCCUUGGCCGUGCUGGGAAAUUAAAUGAGGCAAUGGAACUUGUAAAUAAAAUGCCAUUUCAAGCUAAUGCUUCAGUUUGGGGUGCACUUCUUGGUGCUGCAAGAAUCCAUAAAAAUGUUCGUCUUGGCCGACAUGCCGCUGAGAUGCUUUUAACUCUUGAACCAGAGAAAUCUGGUACCCACGUUCUUCUUGCAAACAUUUAUGCAUCAGCUGGCAUGUGGGAAAAUGUUGCAAACGUGAGAAGGCUUAUGAAAGAUAGCAUGGUGAAGAAGGAACCUGGAAUGAGUUGGAUUGAGGUGAAAGACAAAGUAUACACCUUUAUAGUAGGAGAUAGAAACCAUUAUAGAAGCAAGGAAAUAUAUGCCAAGCUUGAUGACCUGGCUGACUUAAUGAAUAAAGCUGGCUAUGUUCCCAUGGUAGAGAUUGACCUCCAUGAUCUGGAACAAAGUGAAAAGGAGCAGCUUCUGCUCCAUCACAGUGAAAAACUUGCAGUGGCUUUUGGUUUGAUUGCUACUCCACCAGGAUCUCCCAUUAGGGUGAAGAAGAAUCUUCGGAUCUGUGUGGACUGCCAUACUGCAUUCAAGUUCAUCUGUAAAAUUGUCUCGAGGGAGAUUAUAGUGAGAGACAUCAAUAGAUUCCACCACUUCAAAGAUGGUCUGUGUUCAUGUGGAGACUAUUGGUGAUUUCUAUGAAGAAUUACUUUCCUCCUUUGCAACCAAGUAUACACCCUGUGUAGACACUUCGCAUUCUUUCUCUGACAUGUAGAGGAAUACUGGAGGCCUAUCAUGAACCUAUGGCUUUUUUCCAACUAACCCCCAAAAGAAUUUUUGUAUUCCUUAGUAUCUAUUGAUUCAAAUGAAAUAUUUCAUUCUUCA